GUCGUCGUUCAAAGUGAAAGCUUUUAGAGAUAAAUCGUAGUGAUUUUCCAUUUUUACGUUUGAUUUUUUAACUUUAAUGUGCAAAAUGUUCGGUUUUGGACUUUUGUUAAUUGUUUGUGUGGUUUUUGGACAAUCUCAUGGUUCGGCUAUACCUAUGUGGGAAUACUUGAGUAAGCAGGAAAAAACGUCUUUCCUUUACUCAAUGUUCGCCACUCAAGUGGAAAAUAUCUGUGAAUCAUCCAGCAUUCAAAACUGCAACAGAGAAUUGCUUAAAUAUGGUCUUAACAAACUAAAGAACUUGCCUGAAGAAUAUUUGGACUCAAUGGACCCCUACCAAAGAGGAGGAAGUACAAUAGUUUGGGACACCAUGAUGGCAGGUCACCCUCUAGCCAAUGCUAUCCCACGCCCCCGAUCCACUACUACAGCAAAGCCCAACAGUUAUGAAGAUGAACCCUUCAGCGACUUUGACUUCGGUUCUCAAGGCUCAGCUUCAGCAAAAAUCGAUAACGUCGUAGUAGUAGCAGCACCGAAAGAUAUCCUCAACCAAUAUAGAGUACAGCCAAGCGGAUACCAACCACAAAACAUCGUCAGUUACUUAAACAGUAUUGGAAGCGACAAAAAGGGACCUUACCGUAGAUUCCAAGAGCAAUAUCAAACCAGUACUACCAGUACUACUACUGAAAGAGCUCUAGUAGAUCCUAUGGAUGAAGGGAUGUACGAUGAUGCUCCACUUACUGGUCCUAUGGUUGUAAGAGUUUAUCCAGAUGGUACACCAGUCAAGGAAAAUUUGCCUCUUCCUCAAGACGAUGACUUGAGGCAGUACCAAAUGUCUCAAGUGAAAAUCCCCAACUUUUAAGCUUCAUAACACAGAAGCUCGUCGUUAAAAUUGUGAUAUUUUUGUAAAUAUUUAUUUUCGUUGGCUGUAUGAAUGGAUGGAUGAAUGAAUAUUAUUUAUUUGAAUGCAUUUGUGAUUUAUUUAUUUUGCCGUUCUUGUGACGUAUGAAGAUCGCAGUGUCUGUGAUUUUGCUUAGUAUCCAGAUUUGUUCUGGAAGUAUUUAUAAGUUAUGUGAUUUUAAGAUAUUGUAAAUAUAUGUGCAAUAAACUUUAUUAAAAUA